AGUCCCGUUCUAUGAGCCAUUGCUUCACAAUGGUGUGUCCAGGACCACGUAUUUUGGUAUAUACCAUCAUCAUGGUAACCAUGGGAGCACAUACCCUGGCCAACAAGUAUUCUGAGGCAGCAAAUACUAAGGUUCACUUUGAGAGGAACCCGUUCAGGAUGGCUAAGCUGAAUCUUCUGUGGGACAAAGCUUUAAAGGUGACUAUAAUUCAGAGGGCUGAGGAGGGGUUGCUGAGAUGGUUUGAGCAUGUGGAGAGGAUGGAUUGGGAUAAGAUGAUGAAGAGGGUGCAUAAAUCUGGGGUGGAAGGAAGGAGGGAUAGUAGUCAUCCCAAGAGCAGUAUCAUGGUGAGAUAUAACCUGAGUGAUGACCUUCGAGAUAAUAAAACAUCUAGUAAGGAGCCUUAUUUGAAUGAAGUGACUGACCAGAAGAUUCUUAAAGCUGUGUUCAAGGAUAAAAAGCUAAACAAGUUGUGGGUUAAGGCAGAAAGUUCUGGAUUUACAGAGCCUGAAUUGAAAGCUCUUAAAGAGGAGUUCCAACAUCAUCAGGACAAAAUUGAUGACUACUAUGCUCUGAUUAAUAGUGCUUCUGUCAAGAUGGAAAGUGAGCAAAACAACCUUGAAAAUGACAUAAAGCGCUUUGAUACUUUACAAGACUUGGAGUCUUCAGCAAAAUCAGCACAUCACCCUACAAAUGCUCUAAGAGAGAAGCAUAGGGAACUGAAGGAAGGCUAUGACCGUUUACACAAAGUAGCAUCAACAGGACCAGACAGUAAAGAGUUCGUUGAGCCUAAAGUUGCUGGACUCUGGAAACUGGCUAUUCGUGGUGAUUUCACUCAAGAGGAACUGGAGUCUUUACAUACAGAGCUGAAACACUAUGAACACCGUUUAUUGAAGGUACGGCACCUGACAGGCCAGAUGAAUGUACUGCAAGAACGUGCUGGUGACGACAUAGAAAAGUUUCAGUCAACAGAGGGUCAGCGAGUUCUGCAGGAACGGCUAGCAAAGCAACAGCGAAAAGUGGAAAAACUUCAUGAAGACCUUGAAAUGAGGAUACUUCAGAGGCAUUUGGAACUAUGACCUAUUACACUACUGCAGUCUCCCAGUAUUCCCAGUGGAAGGUGAAAUAAAUAACCUUCACUUGCUGUUGCUUAUAUAUUAGUGAUUAUAUUGAAAGCUAUUCCAUAAAUAUACAUAUAAUACUGUGCUGUAAAAAAAAAUGCUCUGCAUUCUAAAGUCAAUACAGAUAUUGCAAAUGUAGCAACUUGGAAGAAAUGGAAUAAUUUGGUCUUGAUCUAAGUCACUUAUGGAAUUGUAAGUUUAAGUCUCUACAUUAGUUUACAAUUCAGCUUUGCUGACUGAUUUGACUUUUACAAUCUAGAGCAGCCCAUCCUUGUACUGUACAUUAGUUUUCAAGCCUUGUUUGUCUGCAGUACAAUAUAUGAUAUUGAUCUAAUUAUACGUACAUUGAUUUUAGGUUUAUCUAGAUUAACUUGGAUAGGUAAAUUUAGGUUAGCUUAGCCAAACUCAGCAAUGGCAUCUGAAAAUAAAUUACCUGUUAUACAUUGAUUGUUAUGUGUAUGGAGGAGAUCGGUGUUGAUGUUUAGAGCAUAUAUCAAGUGGUGGCAAAUUCCAACUACAGUGGACCCCCGGUUAACGAACUUUUUUCAUUCCAGUAGUAUGUUCAGGUGCCAGUACUGACCGAAUUUUUUCCCAUAAGGAAUAUUGUGAAGUAGAUUAGUCCAUUUCAGACCCCCAAACAUACACGUACAAACGCACUUACAUAAAUACACUUACAUAAUUGGUCGCAUUUGGAGGUGAUCGUUAAGCGGGGGUCCACUGUACUUGGAUAUGGAAAUAAUGAAGAAACAAAGCACUGGAUCACUUCAGAAUGAAAGGAGCACUGAAAGGCUGGUAUGUCAGAUGACCUAUCAUUUAGAAAACAAUAAGAAACUGUCAGGAAGGUCAGGAAAAUGAAAGGAUGGAUAAUGAGAACCUUCAAAAUGAGAAAUAAUCACACUGGUGAUACUGUUCAACUCUGUUGUGCUCUCAUUUGGAGCAUUGUUCAGUGUUGUCUCCAAGGCAGGAGAGAGAUCAGAGCUGGAAAAGGUGCAGUGUAUUUACUGCCCACAUAGAGCAUUUAAAUUAUUGGGAACUAUUAUUAUUUGGAAUGUGCUUGAUGGAUCACAGAAGAUACCUGAUACAUGGAAGAUAUUUGAGGGCUUAGAAUUUGUACAUGAUUAUGUACUGGAGUGAGAGAGAUGGAAAGUAGUUUAAGAUAAACCUAGUGAAAUGUAGGGUACCAACAACACAAAAAACACUGUCCAGGAGCAUAUUCAGGGGAUUUCCUAGUUACCCAGAAACCCCUUUCCCCACAAAACCCAAGCUGUUCUCCUGAAGUAUCUUUGAUCUGCCAUCAUUCCCUUCUCUUACCCGUCUAAUCUUUGAGGUUAGCCACAAGUGGUUAAACAAGACUUAUACUUGUAUAAUAUUGGAUCAUGCCAGGCCAUAAAGCUGUAGCCCCCCCUUCACAUACCAAGUGCCUGGGUGGCACAUCAUAAGUUACAUAUGAUGUGUAAUAAAAAUGAAACACGAUUUAUAUGUUGAA